AUGACCUCAUCAUCUGGUGUUGAUAAUGAGAUUUCCUUAGACAGCCCGAUGCCAAUUUUCAAUGAGAGUUCUACUUUAAAGCCAAUUAGGGUUGCGGGUGUAGUAACAACAGGGACAGAUCAUAUCGACCCUAGCGUACUACAGGCAUACUUAGAUGAUACUAUUAUGAAAUCCAUUACUUUGGGGCAGCUAGUGAAAAAUGCGGAUGUGUUAAAUAAGAGAUUGUGCCAACACCACAUUGCCUUGAACGCCAAACAGUCGUUUCACUUCCAAGGCAAUACAUAUAUCUCCGAUGAAAAAGAAACACAUGAUGUGGUGCCUUUGAUGGAAGUUGUUUCACAAUUAGAUAUAUUACCUCCUAAAACGUUUACAGCGAAGACAGGGACAAAUUUUGGGAACGAUAAUGAUGCAGAGGCUUACUUACAAUUUGAAAAACUAAUAGAUAAAAAAUACUUAAAGUUACCUACUAGAGUCAAUCUCGAAAUUUUGAGAGGUACAAAAAUACACUCCUCCUUUCUAUUCAAUUCUUACUCUUCUCUUUCUCCCCAAUCAAUUCUAAACUUGAAAGUUUUUAGUCAAUUUUAUAAUUGGAACACAAAUAAAGGAUUAGAUAUUGGGCAAAGAGGAGCAAGACUAUCUUUGAGGUACGAGCCACUGUUCUUACAUAAACUAUUACACAAUCCGCAUUCUAAUGAAAGUCCCACGUUAUUUCAUGAGUGGUUUUUAGAGACCUGCUGGAGAUCCACUAAGAUAUGUUCACAAGGCACUAGUGCGCCCUAUAUGUAUUCAGGUACAAUGUUAUCUCAAGCAGGCGAUCAGUUAAGGACAAUUUUGGGUCAUACAUUCGUGCUGGACAAGAGAGAUCAUAUUAUGUGCCCUACUAAGGGUUCGAUGUUGAAGUGGAGUAAUGAACUUUCGCCUGGAAAGCAUUUAAAGACCCAAUUAGAAUUGAACAGUGUAAAAAGUUGGAUGAAUGACGACUUUAUUACUUUUUCUACUACCAUUAAAACAGGAUAUCUAAAGAACUUAUCCUCACAACAAUCCUUGCCUGUACAUAUAUGUGAUAAGUUUCAGAGUGGUGGGCCCAGCGACAUUCGGGGGUUUCAAACAUUUGGGUUAGGCCCCAGAGAUUUAUAUGAUGCAGUAGGUGGUGAUGCUUUUGUUUCCUAUGGUCUUAGCGUAUUUUCUCGAUUGCCCUGGAAAAAAGUUGAAAAGUCAAACUUUAGGUUACAUUGGUUUUUUAAUGGGGGUAAAUUGGUUAAUCAUGACAAUACGUCGUUGGGUAAUUGCAUAGGACAGCUUUCAAAGGAACACUCCACAUCCACAGGUAUUGGUCUUGUACUAAGGCACCCAAUGGCAAGAUUCGAGCUAAACUUUACUUUGCCUAUUACCGCUCACGAAAAUGAUUUGAUAAGAAAAGGAUUCCAGUUUGGUCUUGGUCUGGCAUUUUUAUAA